CUUGCACCACGAUCAAUUCGUAUCCAUAGUUGUAUUUUUGGUCGUGAACUAGCACAAUUAUUUACGACAUUUUUGGUAAUUUCUAGUGCUGUUGUCCCCUGUCCACUCGUAUUCUAUCUUGAGUGUCGUUUGAACCACACCGCACGCCAAGAUGCGACUCGACGCGGUCAACCCUCAUUCUUUUAAAAUCAUGCGCGCGUCGUCUUUCCUCAUUUCCGUGAGUAUCGUCCUAAAUAGUUGGUGCAAGCACUACCUGUUUUCCGACGUGGAGUACAUGUACAGGGGCACACUCUUCAGUUCUUUCCUUUUCACAAGAGCAGCUGCUGCUGGAGGUUCGUCAUCAUUUUGGACUCUGCGGAACGAUCAAGAGCCACCCGGCAUUUCCAUUUCCAGCAACCCCGGACUCUUGGAUGCGCCGCGCCAACGGUCGGAAAUGUGCUACCACCACGAUGUGCUUCCCUCACACGCCAACCUGUUCUGCCGACAGAGCUCAGCGACGAACACCUUGAGGCCCGGCUAUUACCCCGGACGUGGUUUCUGCCGGAGCCAGGUGGGUGUGUCGAUCGGGCGCUACCCGUUUCGCAGACCGCGGGCAGUGGGAAGUGACUCGGUUCGAGAGCGGGUUGUUAAGGCGACGAACGGGCACAGGACCGAACCGCGGCAACACGCGGCCGUGUUCGACGACGAAGGUAUGCAUAUGCCUGCGUCACCUCGUCCACCCGAUGAAGCAGACGAGCGGAUUGUGCACGCAGCGCAAUUCCUGCAGAACGAAACAGAACUCUUUGGACCGCAGUUCCCGGAGUUCCGCUAUGCCGGCGUGUUUGCUCAACAUCUUCCAGAGAAAAGCACUCUUCCUGCUGGUGACGCGGAAGACGGGGACGGCUCCGCUCGGUUUGAAACGUACAGCACGUUUUCCGACCGGCAGGCGAAUCAAACGUUGACCACGUCCAUACGAAUUGCAAAAGUAGAACAAGUCUGCGCUAGUCGUAACUGCAUUGGCAUUGCAAGUUGAAAUUUAAGCUCGGUCAACAUGACAAAUUGAGAAAAAUAAAAUUUGUGAUGCUGAGGAUUACAACACGCGCGACAUUGCUUUCGCACGGGAUACUCCAAGCUCCACCACGACCUGAUCAAACAUUUCCGUUUUAUCCAUCGCAAAUAGAUAUAUGUCUCGACCGUCUGGAGCGAGCUAAUUUGUGAUGCGGAAGUUGCAGUUUGCAUGAAGGAAGCGCUACUCCUCACUGCAGCCACGCUGCAUGACAUGUUUGUCGGUGGACCCUCUGUGGUGGUCAUGCGCUCUACAAUUUACAGAUGGUAACUGCGUUUUUGCAUGACAAAUGAAGCUGCUGGGGUCUUAGUCACUCAUGCAGUACCGAUUUCCCUGGAGUGCCAGACGAGUAAGACAAUUCCGACUUUUUCAGCAGGUCCACCAGGCAUAGUUAUUUGCAACGCAUACCUCUCGGCCGGCGACAAAACGAGACCAUUCUGGAAUUGGGAUGCGCCAGCGGAGAAACCACGCGGAUACUGUAAGAAACGCAAAUGAAAAUCCUGCCAGGCGUCAUGGAAAAAUUGCGACGUGUAUUAUCGAAUCCAAAAUAGCGUUGAUAAGAUCGGCGGCUUCUUCAGUGUCAUGGAGAACGCACCUGGCUUCUAGAGCCUUCAUCUAAUAAAGCUCAGCGAUCGUGGCGGUGUGAGGAGCAUUGUUGCUUCUUUUUUCGCAGAAGCUUCGGUAACAAGGGCAAUGUGGGUACUGACUUGCUCACUUUCGCAUUGAGUUGAGAAGGAGCCCUGGGGGCCCCCUGGUAGACGACCUGACUUGUGUGUAUUUUCUGCAUUUAGUUGUAGCGUAGGUAGUACAUUCACAUCGAUAUUAUCAAAUUCUCAACCGCCACCAGUGAAAGCACCUUUGUUCCUCGUCCCUGCCGCCUGUACAAUGAUAAAUCCGUGUAAAGCUCUUCCACCGGGUGAUCUGCAUCGAGAAGCGGACGCAGCUGACCAAACUGGUGGUGCCGAACUACCCGAAUCUGUUGAAGCUCAACUUCGACCUGUAUCAGGAGGGGGCCACGUGGCCGCUAGCGCUCUCCUCGACCCGAAUCGACGUCGUCUUCAUCGACGCCCUGCACGAUCACGCGGCGGUGCUAUUCGACAUUAACGCAGUGCUGUCGAAGCUGGCGUGCUGCGUCCACACGCUGAUCUUCCACGACUUCUAUUUUCCCGGCGUCAUGCAGGCGAUUAAGGACACAGGCUUGACCUCUUUCUUCGCGGCCAAGUGGAAGCACAUCGGCUCCGGAUUCCCGCACAACUGGGGCGAAAACGACGCGGCGCACAUGCUGCAGUGUCCACCGGCGGCUGAAAAUGACGACCAAAACGUCGAAAAGCAAGAAGAACCACCUCUAACCGCGCACCAGCAGCCCCAAGUUCAGAAAACCCGCUGGGAAGCGGAAUUUCAGCCGAAACUCGACGAGUACCUGUCGGGAACAGGGUGGGAACAGCAAGGUCCUGAAGAGAAUGAAGUUGUUGGAACAACAGGAGUAAAAACUCGCCCACCACCAUUCCCCUCCUCGUCAACACGCCCGUGGGUCCACCGCGAGGGCCGCAUGCUUUCCGCCGCCCGUCCGGAAGCCGCGUUUUUUCCGACGCACCCGGAGGGGCUGUUGGUCGAACUGAAACCGCAGUUCGUUUCGAAAGAGUGGUUUGCGGAAUCGGAAAAUAAACUACAAAUCGUGGACAAGAAGAACAUCAAGCAGCACUCCAGCAGCUCCACGAACAUGAUGAACAACGAUGCCAACAAUAUCAAUAUCUACCUCCGAGAGCGGCUGUUUGCCUCCCGCCACGCCUGCCGGCUGCGCGACGUCGGGCGGGAUACGGAAGAGAACCUGCUGCGGUUCCACCGCGACCUGCACGAGUGCCGCGAUGAGAUGCUGAAAGUCUACCGAGACUUUGCGGACUGGGCGUUGCGGACGGGCGUGGGUAGAAAUAGUGCUUCUUCGUCGAAUGUUGAUCUUUCCGAGCAGAGGAAAAUGGAGAAUCUUUUCGAAAACCUUUUCGACCACAUCAAGCACGACCCACGGCCCAUCCUGUUGAAGCCGCAAACGCUCUACCAGUACGAACACGAAGCCUCUGGCACCGGCAACUUGCUCGUCCGCCCAGUGGUGCGGCAGCUGCUGGAGAGGUCCAUUCUCAACUACGGCGUCUUCUGCAUGCACGACCUGCAGUGGCAGGCCGACAACGCCCGCUUCCAACAGCACUUCAUGGACGUCUUUCCAGCCUUGCCGCUCGGGAUGCUUAUCCAGGAAAAAACAACCCCACCAUCCAUUUUACGCAUGACAAACACAGAACUUCAAUCAUACGUGUUUUGCAUGACAAAUUGGAGGGUGGGGAUGGUUGUUUUUUUGUGGAUAAUCCUCGAGUCCAUCCCCCACGUGUUCGAAGGCGGUCGCAGCCAGGGUCUCCAGCGGGUGUCCGGGUACCUGCAAUUCCGCAAGAGAAACCGGUUUCGCUUGGUGCUAUCCCAGCAGGUGGAGAGAAAUUAUCGUGUGGAUUCUGGUGGUUCAACAGGAGCGGGUUAUACUUACGGGACUCCCACGUCCCUUUCCCGGAGGACGAAGCACCACCCCCCUCUCGCUCCGGAAGGUAUCCCCCGCGUGCAAAAGUAUCGGAGUCCUCGUAGUACGUCGAAUAUUGGGUGAUUUACGAUGGCAACAGGCAUGCAUGACCAUACUUGUGCACACCUUUUUCGUCCUCCCAAGCAAAUUGGUAAGUGGAUGAAAAUCCACCGAUCUUUCUUUCUGAAAAACAAAGUUGUGAUUCUAUUUUUACAACAGUACAAUUGGUGCGAUAUUCAUAUUACUUUUGCGAUGCAUAGAGGCGCAGCUGAUGCAGAACAUCUACGAGCAAAACCUGCGACAGGUCGAGCUGGGAUUGCGACACUUUCCGCAUCUAAUAUCCAUUGCGAAAGUGUCUGACGGUCUGGAAAAUUGUAAAAAUGCAACUCUGUGGGAAUGACUAUGAUGACUGUGAUGAGUGCACUGCAAGUAGCGAUCCGUGGUCGCGCACGCCAAGUGUUUGGGCUGCCAUGUGUAGACUGCGCUUUUGCAGCAAGACUACAGCCAAGGCGAUUCGUUCGUGGCUAUGCGUCACGAACUAGCUCAGAGUCCUGCCAGACAAGGUUGACAAAAACUGUUGCAAUCUUCCAGACACUCAGACAUAUUUCCCAUGGAUAACUACCGCCGGGUCACAAGUCGGACUCCCUGGCAGCGUGGGCGGGAACGAGUUUGUUUCCAUCUGCAGCUUCCGCUUCAGGGGAAGGCGGAGCUAGUAUUCCCACUGGUUCUUCUGCAACUCCAAGCCUUUCCGGAUCAGGAGAUCAAGCACAAGCUGCGCCAUCUCCUCCACAGGAACAGCACGCGUUAUACUCUGCCAGAAAUAAUAACGCGAAGUCCUACGAGCUUCACGCGGUGGAAGGGUUUUGGCACGUCAGCCGGACCGCCCCGUUUACGGUGGUGCUGCAGUUCCACGACGCGACACGGCACAACGUGACGGAGCCGUGGGCGUUGCUGUUCACGGCGAACGGGGCGCGGUUCACGGUGAUGGAGGAGGGACCGAUCAAAACCAUCGGCAUCGCGUACCACCAGCAUUUUCGGCUGUUGACGCAAGCCGACGAGGAAUUUGUGGACGAGGGCAAUGCAUUAACGAACUUCGUCUGAGGAAGUCGUGCGGGAAGGAGCGAGACAAUGAACCUUGCUGCUGGUUACUUACCACGAGGUCGCUGACAAGCACAACAAAAAGGGCCAGGCGAAACAAGAGCGAUUUCUGUAUGAAUACAUAAAAGACACAGAAUGCGCCAGCAGUGCUAACUUUUCUAGUGUAGUAAGUUCGUACUUGUUACACGUUUCACCUAGGACUUUUUCAUCGUGUGUUCUUGCGACGUCCUUCCCUUGAGCCUUGAGCUCCACCUAUAAUUUCCGAUGAAGUGCUAUGGG